CUGAUGGAAGAGGACAACAAUACCAUCGUGACUGAAUUUGUCUUUCUCGGACUGGCCACAAGUCUAGAACUGAAGCUCCUCUUUUUUGCAAUUUUCUUGGCAAUAUAUGGAGCAACUAUGGUGGGCAAUCUCUUGAUUGUAGGCCUGGUAGCUUAUGAGCCUCUUCUUCAUGUGCCCAUGUACUUUUUUUUAGGAAAUCUCUCUUUCCUAGACUUCUGCUAUUCCUCUGUCACUGCUCCUAAAAUGUUGGUUGGCUUCCUAUCGAGAGCCAACACCAUCAGUUAUACGGGCUGCAUUUCCCAGAUAUUCUUCUUCCACUUCAUUGGUGGUAUCAAGAUUUUUCUUCUCGUCAUCAUGGCCUAUGACCGCUACCUUGCCAUCUUCUACCCUUUGCGCUAUAUGACCAUAAUGAACAGGACUGUGUGUGCAGGGGUUGUGGGGGCCUCCUGGGUUGGUGGCUUGGUCCACUCCAUAGUCCAAGUAGCUAUCAUUGUUCAGCUACCCUUCUGUGGACCCAGCGUCCUCGAUAACUUCUACUGUGACGUUCCCCAGGUGGUCAAACUGGCUUGCACUAACACCUUUUUGGUGGAGUUACUCAUGGUCUCCAACAGCGGGCUGGUGACUCUGAUGUGUUUUGUUGUUCUGCUCAUGUCAUACUCUUUGCUCCUGGCCAAACUCAGGGCAGACUCUGCAUCAGGAUACAACAAAGCCAUUUCCACAUGUGCCUCACACAUCACUGUGGUGACCUUGGUAUUUGGGCCUUGCAUCUACAUUUACCUCCGUCCCUUCCGCAGCUUCCCUAUGGACAAAGCCGUCUCUGUUCUCUACACCGUCGUCACUCCCGUCCUCAACCCUUUCAUUUACACUCUGAGGAACAGAGAUUUCAAAAUGGCCUUGGAAAAGCUCAUGAGACGGAAGAUGAAAUCAACUCCCUGA